AAUUUUACUAUUUCACUUGAUAUUCUGUGAAAAUUCACAUUGAAAGUGAAAGAUACAUUGACUCACAUUUAUUACCAGUACAUACAGCAUACACAAUAUCAUCAUCUCAGUGAACAAUAUUGAAAUGUUAUUGUCAAGUGAAUCUUGGACUAAAAUAUUCAUCCUGUGCAAUUGUAGUUUUGUAGUAUUCGGUGUUGUUCUGUUAACACUCGGAAUUCAACCACAAAUCACAUUAAAUCAAUUCAGAACUAUACUACAAAAUGCGAAACCAGAGAUCUUCCUGGUUGUCAGUAUCUCAGGUGGUCUCGAUGUACUAGGAUCAUUUGUUGGCAUUUAUGGACACUCGAAGAAACAGAAAGUGAUCAUAUAUAUGAACAUUUUCGUUUUGUUUAUCGUGACUUGUGUGUGGAUCGGAAUGGCAUUUAAAGUAGCUUUAACGGAAGACAGGUUCCUUAAUUUAGUUAAUAGCUCGCUGAGUUCUACUGUUAAAGAAUAUGAGAAACGAGUUGAUUAUCACAUGGAGUUUGAUGAAUUACAAAAAAGUUUUUACUGCUGUGGAGCAAACUCGGAGAAUGAUUAUCGACAUCCACAAUAUACUAGGUCAGUACUAACACCUGAUUCAUGUAAAUACGACAGAUUCGCAUAUCCUAAAGUAUUCGGUGUUGUUCUGUUAACACUCGGAAUUCAACCACAAAUCACAUUAAAUCAAUUCAGAAAUAUACUACAAAAUGCGAAACCAGAGAUCUUCCUGGUUGUCAGUAUCUCAGGUGGUCUCGGUGUACUAGGAUCAUUUGUUGGCAUUUAUGGACACUCGAAGAAACAGAAAGUGAUCAUAUAUAUGAACAUUUUCGUUUUGUUUAUCGUGACUUGUGUGUGGAUCGGAAUGGCAUUUAAAGUAGCUUUAACGGAAGACAGGUUCCUUAAUUUAGUUAAUAGCUCGCUGAGUUCUACUGUUAAAGAAUAUGGUAAACGAGUUGAUUAUCAAAUGGGGUUUGAUCAUUUACAAAAGACUUUUUAUUGCUGUGGAGCGUCAUCGUACAAAGACUAUCCAUAUACAAAUCAUGGUCAGACAUCACACUUACCUACUUCAUGUAAAUACGACAAAUUCGCAUAUCCUAAAGGAUGUGUAUCAGCGAUAAUUGAAUAUACACAAACUUAUCUAAAUAUCAUCAUGUAUCUAUGUUUCACAUUCGGGAUUAUUCAAGCGCUCUACUUGAUAUUGUCAAUUAUGAGAAUACGUAAAUUUGAAGGUGACGAUUUUCUAUCUGCAUAAUGGUCUUAUUGAGACCAAAUGUUAAGAAGAUAUUCAAUGGAACCUAAUGUCAAUCAAACAACCGAAUCAUUGACUAUUCAUUACUCAUUCUAUUGUCAUUUGAUCUUACUUAUUUGUACACCAUUAUACACUAUUCUCAUCAACUGAAUAAUGAAUUUCUUCAUUAUU